AUGUCGCACCAUUCUAGAUCAUCGUCUGCGAACUCCGAUGAAGCCUUGAAGCUAUUUCUCGACACUAGCGAAAAGGCCCGCCAAGAGUGUCCCUCGCCGCCUCCCGACGCCGCCGCCACCACCACCACUACGGAGGACCCUGUGCUGGCCAGCGAGAGCACAGAGAAAGACAGGUUCAAGACGAUGGCUGCUGCCAUCGAUCUGCAUUCGGAGGCUCUGCGCCGCCUCCUUCAAGAUGCCCAAGGCAACGCCCGUGGAGAGGAAAACCUCAUCACGACCGCAGUGACGAGCCCAGACCAGGGCGAGGCCGUCGACAAAUUGAAGGCUGAGAUCGAGCAGCUGAGUAUCCAGCUGCAGGCCGUCCGGGCUGAGCUGGCCGUGGCCCAGUUGCAACUACGAGAGGCGGGCCGAGUUCAAACUCAGGCCCCAAAUACCUUCGAGGCCACGAUGACGGAGGUCAUCGAGGCGGUCCACAACAAGUGGGAGGAAUACAGCUUGCUCUCACUCGUCACCGACCCGGCAAAAGUGAUCGAGGACCUGAGGAAAAGGAACAAGCAGCUUGAGGAGGAGAACAAGAGCCUCGACAGGAAGGGUUUCAUGCCCAAAAUGAUGCGCAACCUCAUAACCAAGUGCAAGGCACUAAGACAGAGAAACUCGGAGCUCGAGGAUAAGCUUAAGCAGAACGAGAGGGCAAAAGCAGACAUCGACAAGAUCGCUGAUCUCGAGGCAGAGAUUACGAAGAUCACUAAAGAGAAGGCAGAGCUUUUCAAAAAGCAGAAGAGCAUCUUUCACCUCUGCAAAGAGCUCAAAGAGAACCAGGGUCACCUUUGUGACCUCUCUGAGUACAAGAUGAAUGACACGGUCUUCAGCAUGUUUGAGGAGUUCAUCAGGCAGAAGAUUGCUCAGUCUAAAUAA